CGACGAAUUCGGGGUCCAGCCAUUGGACUGGGAACAAGAUAUAAAGCAGCUGAUCGGCGACACCGCCAGCAUCAGUAACCAAUCUCCGCUUCGACAUGAAGGUUCUAGCUCUCGUUGUCGUGCUCGCAGUAGCCUGCGCUCUCGCCGAAGAUAGAUAUACAACCAAAUAUGACAAUGUCGAUUUAGACUCGAUUCUACAGAGCGAACGUUUGCUAAAAAACUACAUUAAUUGUUUGCUGGACAAAGGAAACUGCACGCCCGAUGGCAAGGAACUCAAAGACAACCUUCCGGACGCGCUGGCAACCGAGUGCAGCAAGUGCAGCGAGAAGCAAAAGAAGGGCACCGAGAAGGUCAUCCGGUUUCUAGUCAACAAGAAACCGCAAACAUGGGACCAGCUUAAGGUAAAGUACGAUCCCACUGGCGAAUUCUCUUCUAAGUACUUGGACGAAGCGCAGAAACAAGGAAUAAAUGUGUGAAUAAUUUAGAUUCUAAUCUCGCCGAAUAAACGACAAGAUUAUUUUUUUUGUUUUCUUUUUUUUUUUUUUAUGUCGCUC